AUGUCAUAUUCAACAAAAUAUCUCCCUACUUAUAAAACCAUUUUCAUUGAUUCCACCGAUAAUACUCAAUUGGAACUACUAUGUAAUAUCGGAACGAACAAGAUACAACACAUCAAAUUGCCACCUUUAUUAUUCGUUCAUGGGUCAUAUCAUGCGGCUUGGUGUUGGGAAAACUUUCUUGGAUGGUUCUCUGGUAGAGGAUUUGAUUGUUUUGCCCUAAGUUUACGUGGACAUGGCGAAAGUACAAAAUUACCGAGAAAAGAUUCAACGUGGACUUUGGAACACUACGUGGAAGAUGUUUCUUCUGCUGUGGAAUUUUUAAUUGCAAAUGGUCUUUCGAAACCGAUAAUAAUCGGCCAUGCGAUGGGUGGAGCAAUAUGUCAAAAAUAUUUAGAAAACUCAUCCGAUAGAGUAACUUCAUGCGUUUUGCUCUGCUCGAUUCCUCCGACCGGUUCGAUUUAUUCAUUUCCAAAUUGGUUCUCGAGCGUAUCACUUACGACGUUAUCCGCUUUGCUUCUUCAAAAUCCCUAUUUCUUAAUUUCCACUCCCGAACGAGCUCGAAAAGCUUACUUUUCUUCAAACUUUCCAAAGGAUCUACUCGAUCAAUAUCACUCUAAAUUCGAAAGAACUUUCAAUACAAAAGUAAAUUUACAGACACUUACAACGUUUAUCGACACGAAAAAAAUCUUGAAUCAAAAGAAAUUAUUGAAAUCAAUGAUUAUCAUUGGCGGAGAAAAGGAUUGUAUCAUACCGGUUGAUGUUUUGGAUAAGCUAGGUAAAAGUUAUGGCGGAAUUAAGGUUGAUAUCGUUAGGGAUGUUGCUCAUGAUGUGAUGUUGGAAGUUAAGUGGGAAGAUGUUGCUAUAGUCAUCUUGAAAAGGAUUCAAGAAAAAUUAUUCGAACAAUUUGCAAAGAUUUAUUAA